GAGCGACCUCCAGACUCCGGUUUGUGUUGAUAGCCGCCCACUUAAAUGCGGUCGCGCCUCACACUGAUAACUCGUCUUCUCGAAAACAGAUGUUGUCGUUUUGCCGCCCCACGCGCCGCCAAACAUGAGUUUUACGGCUCUGAAGCCAGGUACUUCUAUCGCGGUGAGGGGAAGCCUGAGCCUCUUACGGAAAAGUGUGCUCACGCAGCGAUGUUACUGUCUUGGACGUGGUUGUUUUAUCAGUUUAUCAAUAACGGCUACACAAUGUUGGGCGAAGAUGUGUUCCCAGAUUCGUCCACGUUCACCGAUUCAGAAUUGGGCAUUGAGUAACUUUCCUAACUACCUUAUGCUCCCCUUCUCCAUACCUAGAUCCGCCUUGAAUACU